UCGUUGCAUUUAUGAGGCGUUAUUUGUGCGUUUGCUGCUGCGAAGAGACCCGAGUGUGCGGUGGCGCCGCUUAGGCAGCCUUGAGUUUAAAGAGUCGGUGUUCCGUUGGAGUGAAGUAGGUCCUUUGUGUCCUCCAUUGCUCUGGUAACACAUCAACGGCAAACUAGCUGCCGUAGAAGCCGGCGAGCUAAACUCAAGUUCACUGCUUCGAGCCCCGUAAUAACCACUUCAAACGACGUUGUCUAACUUAAGUAACACAUUUAUAUUUUGCGGGGGGAGUCGUGUUUGGAAUUUAGACACAAUUUUGCCACAUUUAUCAGCCGGUUUGCGUUAAGACGACCGUUUCAGUUGGCCGGCUAAUGCUAACCUAGCUUAAACUGUCUUAUUCAAUUCAACUGGGUACUCGCGGGCCAACGGUGGCCCGGUAAUGGCAUCACAUUAUUACCACGUUAGCAUAAUUCAGAACUCCAGACUGACCGCCGUUUUUGUAGCAUAAUUCUUACCCCUUGUUUAUGAUAAUGUAUAGGAUAAUAUACUACGGUCCUUUCUGUAGGUUCUUAAAAAUAUCAGAGCACUCCUGUCAUCAUACAGAGGAUCUUUGACUUUUGUAAAGGAGGUCCUUAAAACAGUAGAACACUCCUGUUGUAUAGGCGAUCUUUGAAUAGUGUUUUUGCAGUUUUUGCAUGAAAACAGCAUCUCUCCAGUCCUAUAGAGCACUGAUUCUCAACCGAAAAUGUCGUGCGGGCUGUGGAAAGAGACACUGGCCCUGGCCGAGGACUACCUGGCCCUGUGCUGCACCAGCGCCCGCUCGGCCCCUCCGUCACCACCUCCCAGCGAAUCAGCCGCCGCUAUGAGGCGCGUGGCCCAGGAUAUGGAGGCGCAGAACAAGGCUCGCUUCCAGACCCUGGCUCAGACCUUCCUCAGACAGUGCGGGCCGGACCUGUGCUCCAGCCUCAGGAAGGUGAUGGCCGAGCUGGUGGGUGAUGGACUCUUGAACUGGGGGAGGGUGGUGUCCCUCUUCGCCUUUACCGGGGUGCUGGCCAGGAUGCUGCAGGAGCAGAAAGAGCAGAAGGAGCAGAAGGAGACCGCCGCCAAGCCGGGGCUGGACCUCAGACAGGAGCCUGAAAUGUGCAGGAGGCUGGCAGAGACGAUCGCUGAUUUCCUGGGAGGGGAGAAGAAAGACUGGCUGCUGGAGAACGAUGAAUGGGAGGGUUUCCGCAAGUUCUGCAGCAGCAGAGAGGCCAGUCAAGACUUGUCCAUGAAGACGGCGUUGUUCGCCGCGGCUGGUGUUGGCCUCGCCGGCCUCACCUUUCUGCUCGUACGCUAGCCACACACACACCUUGUUUUUUUUCUUUGUUCUCUUGACCUAACAUCAACAUGCUGCAGAAUCAAGCUGCUCCUCGAACGGGCCGAAUGUUUCCAGGCGCACACUCAACUCUCACGGUGGUCUCCUACCCCCCCCUCCUUCGAUUGUACAACUGAUCUCAAUGCCUUCGCACGUAUUGGCGUGCCCGACGCACGACGCAGCGUGUAUGUAAACACUUUGAUUGGUGAAGCCUCCCUCAGCGUUUUGUUUGCUUUUAAACUUGAGCUGCCUUUUUUUUUUUUAGUCAUAGCUUCACUUCUUGAUCUGAGUUGUGCUCUACAAUGUAUAAAUUAAUAUAUUAAUAUAUUAUAUUUAUAAGAAAGGAAACUGGCCCCCUUUUUUCUUGUUUUCUAAACCAACCUGCGGUGAAUUGACUUGAUUCUUUUGUCUUGUGUGUUUCCGUGUGUCUCGCCUGGUCAGCAGAGCUGACGACCACACGACGGUGCUAUUUGUUGUGAAAUGUACCUUUUUUUUUUUUCUUCCUACAACUCCAGGGACCAAUCGGAUAACAGUUGCUAUGGCAACACCUCCCCCAAAACAGACUUGUUAUAUUUUUACAUUGUUUUUGUUCUAUUUAUUUGACACGGUUUUAUAAUAAAAGUGAUAAUAAAAGCGGCAUUUUGUUGCUUUGCCAGAA